UAUAAAUCUUGAGGGAAAAAAUUGUGGGAAAAACCUGAAGAAUGAGGCCUUCUAGGGUUUGACUUUGGAAAGCGGCUAGGAUUUGUGUUUGUCGUUGAAUCACCGCCUCCUCCGGCCACCUUCCGGCGAUCCCUCUCAUCGGAUCUGCAGUCGGUCCGACCUUGGGACGAGUAGCAGUCAAAGCAACUUCGAUUCAUCUUUAAUCAGGUGGGGGCCGGGAGUGAGGAAAAAGAGUGAGCAUGUGUAGAUUGUGGAGCUGGCGGAUAUUUAGGGCUACUGGUUUCCGGAAAAAAGUUUGAAUCCUUGUCGGCGAGGUUACUUGUAUGCAAACCGGAGGCGGAGCUCUUGGGCGAGGGCGGAGCCCAACGGUGGCUCCGCCACCGACAGGUCUGUCGUCCUCUUCGGCAAGUGCGUCUCCUUCGUCGUCCUCAUCCGCUGUAUCUGCUCCGAGGCACAUAGGAUUUGAGUCACUGCGGCAGCAGCAGCAGCAGCUCGCGCUUAAGCAGUCACUAAAGCAACAGCAGCAGCUGCUACAACCAAGGAAACUUGAACAAGAGAAUCUGCUAAAUUAUAAAUUAGGUGCCAUGCAUGGAGUCAUUGGUGGCAGUAGCUUCCCAUCAUCUUCUGGUGUACCUGCAUCAAAAGUUCCCAGGAACUUGCCUCCCAACUAUGCAAGGCAACUUCAUGAGAAAAAGCCAAGUGGGCAUGCUCUAGAUCAGCCACAAAACUCAAUACACCAACCUUAUGCCCAGUUUGCUAUGCAAUCUGCUCAACAGCAGCAGAAAGCACUUAAUAACAUAUCAGUGCAACAAGGUGAAUUUCGCAUGAUGGGACCACCUGCUGGUACUGAAGAGAUAAUGCAGGAACUAAUGCAUGUUAAAGCAGGAAACCGAGCACAGCCUCCGAGAUUUACUAACUCAGCUGAUCAUGUCGGAUGUGAUGAGAAAAGGAAUGAACAUAACCAUAUUUAUAAUGGUCAGAAGAAUGAGCUGAAGGUUCCCCAAACUGCUACCGAACAGUUUACUCCAACAAACAUGGUUAGGCCGAUUCAAUUAAUGCAGUCACAGGGAAGCAUGGGAAACAUUACAAGCCAGCAGUUGAUGAUGGCUCAGUUGCAAGCUAUGCAAACUUGGGCAAUGGAGCACAAUGUUGAUCUUAAAAAUCCUUCCAAUGCUAAUCUGGUAGCUCAGUUUCUACCUAUUUUGCAAUCAAGUAGCUUGGCUACAAUGCAGAAGCCAAAUGGCAGCAGCAUACUUGCACAGAAAUCUAGUUUGUCGACCUUUAAGCCACAGGUUAUCACAUCAACCGUUGCCAAUGAAAAUUCUGCUCAAGGAAAUUCAAUGAAUAAUGUGUCUAGUCAGGCUGGGCUUGCAAGAAGUGGUGUGGCCACCAUUCCUGUGAAUUCCAAGAGUAUACACAUGCAGCAGCCUCAGGCCGUUCAGAUCAGUGUUACACAAAAUGAUGAUGUUGUAACAGGUGGUAGUUCUGGAUCAGUGUUGUUUCUGCCACAAGAUUCUACUAGUUCGAGCCAAAGUUUUGAUCUUUCAAAUGGCAAGAAAUUGGUGGCAACUGAUUUGGCACAGAUGCGAUCUUUUAGGAAGUCUCAGGACAUUGGACUUCCUACUCCACCAUCUGCGUUGCCGUCAAAUGGAGUUGCAGGGAUUCAUGUGCUUGCCCAAGGAGGGUCAGAGCAGGCCACAAAGCAGCAAAUUGGAUUUACGGAACAACAAUUACUUGUUCUUAAAGCACAAAUAUUGGCUUUUAGGCGAAUCAAGCGUGGAGAAAAUGCUCUUCCGCCUGAACUUUUACAAUCAAUUGUGCCAUCUCCUCUUGAUUCACACUCUCAAGUGGCUCUACUUUCUCCAAAGAUGACUAAACAGGAAAAUUUUACGGGACAAGAACCUGAGGAGCAUAGAAGGCAUCCUGAAAACAACAACGUUCCCCAGCCUGCUAGUCUGAGCAAGGGUCAUAUUCUUCCCAGAAAGUUGCCUGUCGGUGAGGAGAAAGCACCAGUGGUGAGUCCCCUACAAGUAGAGGCAGUAGCACCAAAGGAAGAUGAUGGAGCAGUUACUACUGAGAAUGCACCAAACAUUCACCUUGUUUCUGUAAAGUCCGAGCAAGAUGCUGAUCAUGACAGCCCUUUCAAGGGCGAGAGUGAUGCGGACAAGGGAAAAUCUGUUCCUUCAACUAGUUCUUCAGUGGAUGUUGAGCAAGAAAAGAAGCUUGCCCCAGAUAAGGCUAGUGUGCCAUCAAAUGCCAAAAAGUAUCAUGGUCCACUUUUUGAUUUGUCUUUAUAUAUAAGAAAAUAUGAACUUUUGGGUUUGACAACGACAAUUAACUCAAACAGUUUUACAUUAGCCUAUGAUGUAAAAGAAUUGCUUUAUGAAGAAAGCAAGGAAGCGCUGAGAAAGAAAAGGAAUGUGUACUUGAAAAAACUUGGUAAUUUACUUGCUUUUAACUUGGAGAGGAAAACAAUUAAGCCUGAUCUUGUUUUGAGGCUGCAAAUUGAGGAGAAAAAGCUUCGACUUUUAGAUAUACAGACACGCCUCAGGGAUGAAGUGGAUGAACAACAGCAGGAGAUAAUGGCCAUGCCAGACAGGCCGUAUCGAAAGUUUGUUAGACAGUGUGAGCGUCAAAGGUUAGAACUUGUUAGGCAAGUGCAACAGCUACAAAAAGUGAAAAGGGAGAAACAACUAAAGGCCAUAUUCCAAUGGCGCAAGAAGCUUCUCGAAACUCACUGGGUUAUUCGUGAUGCACGGACCACUCUUAAUAGGGGCGUAGCUAAGUAUCAUGAGAGAAUGCUAAGGGAGUUCUCGAAGCGGAAGGAUGUUGAUCGCAGUAAAAGAUUUGAGGCAUUGAAAAACAAUGAUGUUGAUAGAUAUAGAGAAAUGCUUUUAGAGCAACAAACAAAUAUUCCUGGAGAUGCAGCUCAACGGUAUGCUGUUCUGUCAUCCUUCUUGUCUCAGACAGAAGAAUAUCUUUACAAACUUGGAACCAAGAUAACAACAUCAAAGAAGCAACAAGGUGUAGAGGAGGCAGCAAAUGAUGCUGCUGCUGCUGCGCGAUCCCAGGGUCUUUCUGAAGAAGAAGUUAAAGCUGCUGCAGCAUGUGCUCGAGAAGAGGUAAGGAUAAGGAACACAUUCUCUGAGAUGAUGAACGCAAGGAGAGAUGGGUCAUCAGCUAACAAGUACUAUACUCUGGCACAUGCUGUCAAUGAAAAAGUUCUAAGACAACCAUCAAUGUUAAGAGCUGGAACCUUGAGGGACUAUCAACUUAUUGGGCUUCAAUGGAUGCUUUCCUUGUACAACAACAAGUUAAAUGGUAUUCUGGCUGAUGAGAUGGGUCUUGGAAAAACUGUACAGGUCAUGGCUUUGAUUGCUUAUUUGAUGGAGUUCAAAGGAAAUUAUGGACCUCAUCUCAUUAUAGUGCCAAAUGCUGUCUUAGUGAAUUGGAAGAGCGAACUGCAUAAUUGGCUGCCAUCUGUAUCAUGUAUUUUCUAUGUUGGCUCAAAGGAAGAGCGAUCAAGAUUGUUCUCUCACGAGGUUUCUUCUAUGAAAUUUAAUGUACUUGUGACUACCUAUGAGUUUGUCAUGUAUGAUCGGUCCAAGUUAUCGAGAAUUGAUUGGAAGUAUAUUAUUAUUGAUGAAGCUCAACGUAUGAAGGACAGGGAGUCUGUCUUAUCUCGGGAUCUUGAUAGGUAUCGUUGCCAAAGAAGAUUGCUACUUACUGGUACACCCUUGCAGAAUGAUUUGAAAGAACUUUGGUCACUCUUAAAUCUACUUCUACCAGAAGUAUUUGACAAUCGAAAAGCAUUUCAUGAUUGGUUUUCAAAGCCCUUUCAGAAAGAUGGCUCAUCACAUACUCAAGAGGAAGAUGAUUGGCUUGAAACUGAAAAGAAAGUAAUUGUCAUCCACAGGCUUCACCAAAUCUUGGAACCUUUCAUGCUUAGGCGACGUGUUGAAGAUGUGGAAGGGUCACUUCCUCCCAAGGUCUCAAUUGUUUUGAGGUGUAGAAUGUCAGCUUUACAGGGUGCCAUAUAUGACUGGAUUAAAUCGACUGGUACCAUCAGGGUAGAUCCUGAUGAUGAAUUGCGUAGGGCUGAGAGGAAUCCAAAUUACCAGAUUAAGAUGUAUAGAAAUCUUAAUAACAAAUGCAUGGAGUUGCGGAAGGCAUGUAAUCAUCCCCUGCUCAACUACCCUUAUUUUAAUGAUUAUUCAAAAGAGUUUCUUAUUAGGUCAUGUGGGAAACUCUGGAUCCUUGAUAGGAUUCUGCUAAAACUCCAUAGAGCAGGACAUCGUGUUCUUCUUUUUAGCACCAUGACCAAACUCCUUGACUUAGUAGAGGAAUAUUUACAAUGGCGUCGACUUGUAUAUAGAAGAAUUGAUGGAACAACCAGCUUAGAAGAUCGUGAAUCAGCUAUUAUUGAUUUUAAUAGCCCUGUUUCUGACAGUUUUAUCUUCUUGCUCAGCAUUCGUGCUGCAGGAAGAGGUCUGAAUCUCCAGACUGCCGACACGGUUAUUAUUUAUGAUCCGGAUCCAAAUCCUCAGAAUGAAGAGCAAGCAAUAGCUAGAGCUCAUCGCAUUGGCCAAAAGAGGGAGGUCAAAGUCAUAUAUAUGGUAGCAGUUGUUGACAAGAUCUCAAGCUAUCAGAAAGAGGAUUACUUAAGGAAUGGUGGAAGUGGAGAUUCAGAAGAAAGAUGUGCUGGCAUGCAUCAAUACAUAGGCUCAAUUGAGAGCCUUAUACGGAAUAACAUUCAACAGUAUAAAAUUGAGAUGGCAGAUGAGGUUAUAAAUGCUGGCCGUUUUGAUCAGAGAACAACACAUGAAGAAAGGAGAAUGACUUUGGAGGCAUUGUUGCAUGAUGAAGAAAGAUAUCAAGAAACAGUUUAUGACGUUCCAUCUCCCUUAGAGGUAAAUCGUAUGAUAGCUCGGAGUGAGGAGGAAGUUGAGCUAUUUGAUCAAAUGGAUGAGGAGCUUGAUUGGAUGGGAGAGAUGACAAAGCACGAUCAGGUUCCAAUGUGGCUACGGGCUGACUCUAAGGAAUUAAAUGCUUUUAUUGCAAGGCUAUAUAAGAGGCCAUCAAAGAACAUUUUAGGCAGUGUUGUUGACUUGGAAUCCAGUGAGAUGAUACCUGGCUCAUCACUUUGCAAAACAGAGAGAAAAAGGGGACGACCAAGAGGAGUAAUAGCCCACAAAUAUUCAUCUUAUGUGGAAUUUGAUGAUGAAGAUGGAGAAGAUUUUGAUGCUGGCUCAGAGGAAGAAAAUGUGUAUUCCUCACGAGAGGAAGAUCGAGAAUUAGGAUAUAUUGAAGAUGAAUAUUUAAGUGUUGCUGCUGAUUUAGAAGGAAACAUUAAAAAUUCUUUGGAAGAGGGGGCACUGGUUUGUGAUGGCGCUGGUUAUGAAUUCUCACAUUGCAUUGAGAGAAGCAAAGAUAUGUGUGAGGAAGCUGAUUCCACAGGAUCUUCUUUUGGAAACAGAAGAGUGCAGCAACCUGUUACCCCUUCCAUCUCUUUACGGAAAUUUGGAUCUCUAUCUGAAUUAGGUGCUCGGCCAGGUGUUCUUUCAACAAAGCUAAAUGAGCUGGAGGAAGGUGAAAUUGCUGCAUCUAGUGAUUCACGUAUAGAGAUUCAACAGUAUGGUAGUUGGAAUCACUACCGAGAUGAUGGUGAGGAUGAGCAGGUCAUGCAGCCUAAAUUUAAGCGCAAACGCAGUAAGCGCUUUCACCCUAGACACACUGUGGAAAGACUGGAAGAGAAGUUCAGUACUUAUAGGACUUCUCAGCAUGGCUUUCAACCUCUUUCACAUGAUCAUCAUGAUAAUAGUAAGGUUUCAAGGAUAUUCAAUGGUCCUCUUUCGAGUAGACAUGGCAGAUCUCCUUCAUCUCUGAAGCAGAGAAGUUAUAGCCCCACAAGAAGGGCUCCAAUUAUCAAUAAACAGAAGUCUGGAGGAUCUAGUUACUUGAUUGGAUGUGAAGAAGAUGUCCUGGAUCAAUCCAGGGAGAGUUGGAAUGGCCAGGCCAGUUGUAAUACUGGCCCUGGUCUUAUCAGAAGAAAAUCGCUUAACAGUAUGCAGAGGAAGUGCAAGAAUGUAAUUAGCAAGUUGCGGUGGAUGAUAGAUAAAGAAGGUUGUCAACUUGUACCUUUGUUUUAUGAUUUAUGGAAGAAAAAUGAUUCCUCAAAACCCAGAAGCAAUUUUUCGAAGAUGAGCAGCCCUCUUAAUUUGCAGAGUAUUGAUCAGCGAGUCGAAAGUUUAGAGUAUGCUGAGGUGGCAGACUUUAUUGCUGACGUGCAGUCAAUGUUAAGAAAUGUAGUUCAGUUUUACAGACACUCACAAGAGGCAAAAUAUGAAGCAAGAAAGCUCCAUGAUAUCUUCUUCCACAUCAUGAAGAUAGCUUUCCCAGAUUCAGAUUUUAAGGAGGUGAAGAUGGCACUCACUUUCUCAAGUCCCGCUCAGGGCAGAACCUUAGCGAAGCAGAGCUCGAAGCCAUGCAUCAUAAACCAAUCCAAACUACAGAAGAUGGUUAGGGAAGAUGGAGGCCUCAGCCCUCAUAGGUCUGCAACUCGAACACCAAUUUUCAAAUCCAAUUCAUUACUUACUCACCCUGGUGACCUAGUUAUCUGCAAAAAGAAGAGGAAGGACAGGGAGAGAUCAUCAUUGAGACCAAAGAUGGGCCCAGUCCGAACGUCAUUGCCAAUCGAGAAAGAUUAUGCACGCCCAACGCAGCGGAAGGUUGAUCGAGCCUUUUACGCCGAGCAACUGGGAGGUCGUGGUAGCGAUGCUUCCAGCAUGGAAGAAUUGAGAUGGGCCUGGCCUGUGAAAAGAAUGAGAAGUGAUGCUGGGAGAAGGAGGCCAAUCUAGUUGUCGUUUAGUCUGUAGAUCUGUAGAUUAUUUUGUUUGUAGAUAAACAUAUAUAUGUUACAUUAUUUUUGUAACAGGAAGGGGUUAAGAUAUAACUCUUUGCAUUGAUUUU